AUGAUCAUGCCACUGUAAUCCAGCGUAGGGUGACAGAGUAAGACCCUAUCUGAAACCAAAAAUAAGUUAAUUACCUACCUUCUGAUAAACCUGGGAAGCAUCCAAAUGUUUUUAGAAAGCUUUUAAUCACAAAGGCUUAAAAUCUUUAAAAAUUGUUUUGGCACUUUUAUUAAAUGUAGUAAACUUUAGUGUAUAUGUGUGUAUGUACACACAAACACACACAUAUACUAAGACUAUCCCUUAAGAUAUAUAUGUAUAAAACUUAGUAGAAUACUUCAUUCCUCCAUACACAAGACAAGCAAAUCAUUUAUUAUCAUUUUCAGAAGAGGUUUUAUAGUGUACUUAUCCGUAUCUCCAGGCCUGAGAUAAUGAGGCUAUUCCAUGAAUAUUAAGUCAGGAAACCAAGGAGAACACAAGAACCAGAUAUACUAUUUGUGGCUUGUGUAAAACCAGCAAUAGUUUACCUGAUGUCCACAGUUAUGGGCACUGAAGAUGACUGUCCUCCAUGAGUUGUCAUGGCUGUUCCCAGUUAGGUGGCGGAGUGCGGCGCCCCCUGCAGGAGGGGCUGAUAAAGCCAUGCUGCUUGCCUGGGGGAACCCCGCUGCCUGGAGCGUGCAGUGUGGGAACUGGAGUUUUUCUAAGAGGUGUACUAAAUAACACAAAUGCAAGUCCAGAGUACAAGGCCAGACCCUUUACUAUUGCAGGGACUCAAAAGUGUGCUGGUUUAAAGGCCCCAUAAGCACGCUUAGGAAGUGAAUAUUUUCCACUGUUAUUUCGGGCUCUGGAGUCCUAUCACAAGCAGAGUUCCCUCCCUCCUCAGCACUGGGGUGCAGGGACUCACGUGUGAUUCAGACACCGCCCACAACACUCUGGCCUUAACCCUUGGAAGAGACAGCCCUAUCCUUGCAACCAUUAGAUAGGGCUGCUACUGGCCAGUGCUGAGGGCAGCCCCAGCUCCACCUUGGCUGUGUCCCCCGUGCCGGGAAUCUCGGGGAAUAGUCAGGGAUUUGGCAAAGUUCCUGGUGAAUGGAUGGCGCCUGUGAGCACUGGGGUCGCAUUGCUCAGUGUUGCCAGACACAUGCUGUUGCUGCUUUCUCAUUCUUCCUCAAGAAAGAAGGGCCGUUUCAGAGAAGAUUUUUACAUAAAGAAGGAAACACAUAACACAUAACAUAAACACUAAGCUCCGUAUCUUUACAUGUCCAGAACUUAAAAACAGAGGAAAGGAUUCACUUUCCCCAAACUUUUGCUUCUUGGGUGAGAAAUAAAUGUAAAUCUUGUGUCUAAUUCCCCUGAUUUUUCAGACUUAGCUAAGGCAGAAAACCAAUCCAUUGCAUUAUCGACUAGUAUCAUUAGCUUGAGGUUAGGGACCCGCCGUUCUCUCUGAAGCAGGCCUGCCUUCCCCUCUCUGCUUGUAUAUUAUCCUUCUAUCAUUUUUCCUUGUGCACCCUCUCUCUCUCCCCUUUGAUAUGGUAAUGAUCUUGCACAAGAAAAGCCAUUUUUUUAUAUGAGUGCUUAAGGAAUUAAAGGUGAGUGAGAAGGUGGAGGGUGUUAAGAAGGAUGGCAGUUUGUCAUUAAAAAAUAAAUAAGUAUACCCCUUGGAAUUAAAAAGAAAGCAAGCCGGCAAAAGGGGAGGGGGGGAAGACAGGCGGUGUCUCUCCAAACACAGGAGCCAGUCUUACUAACAGGCUGGCUUAAAGCCCUCUUAACAAUGUGCACUUGCUCUCCCUCGCUUGUGGAUUGAUUUCCCUCUGCCCUCCACAGACCUGGCUGCAGUUAAGCCUUGUGUCCUCCACGUGAUGCUGAGCCGAAUCAGAUUUUCCUUUUAGUUGUUCGAUCAAAUUUUCCUUCCUAGAGCUUAGAAGGCACACUUGGGACCAUAUAGUAAUUGCCUCCCCACACUGAACUGCUGAUACCUUUAUUGGAUUGGCACAGGGUUUCAGAGGACUGUGUUUAACAUGCAGUGAGCCGCAGCAAUGCAAACAGCUUCAGUGUUUAAACAAGCAUCCAUUAGGCCAGGAAACAAGGCAGUGCCAGCCCAUUUGGUGCUCUGUAGUGCUGGCAGCUUAAGCUCCAAGAGACUGUGAAAAGGAAGUUGGAAGGAGCCCGAUCACCUCUUAAUGGAGACCAGCAGAAUGGUGCUUGCGAUGGGAAUUUUUCUCCCACUAGCAAGCGGAUUCGAAAGGACAUUCCCACGGGGAUGGAAGCCAUCAACAAUUUGCCCAACAGCCUGCCACUGCCUUCAGCUUCUCCUCUUCACCAACUUGACCUGAAGCCUUCUUUGCCCUUGCAGAACAGUGGAACUCACACUCCUGGGCUUCUGGAAGAUCUAAGUAAGAAUGGGAGGCUCCCUGAGAUUAAACUUCCUGUCAACGGCUGCAGUGACUUGGAGGACAGCUUCACCAUCUUGCAGAGCAAGGACCUCAAACAAGAACCUUUAGAUGACCCUACUUGCAUGGACACAUCAGAAACAUCUCUCUCAAAUCAGAACAAGCUGUUCUCGGACAUCAAUCUGAACGAUCAGGAGUGGCAAGAAUUAAUAGAUGAAUUGGCCAACACGGUUCCUGAAGAUGACAUACAGGACCUGUUCAAUGAAGACUUUGAAGAGAAGAAGGACCCGGAAUUCCCGCAGCCGGCAACUGAGACCCCUCUCUCCCAGGAGAGCGCGAGCGUGAAGAGUGACCCCUCUCACUCCCCUUUUGCGCAUGUCUCCAUGGGCUCUCCCCAGGCGCGGCCUUCUUCUUCUGGUCCUCCCUUUUCUACCGUCUCCACGGCCACCAGUUUACCUUCUAUCGCCAGCACUCCCGCAGCUCCGAACCCCGCCAGCUCACCAGCAAACUGUGCUGUCCAGUCCCCCCAGACCCCAAGCCAAGCCCACACUCCGGGCCAAGCUCCAGCUCGGCCUGGCAAUGGUUAUCUCCUUAAUCCGGCGGCAGUGCCCGUGGCCGGCUCAGGGUCAGGCCCUGUGGCUGUGCCCAGCUCUGACAUGUCACCGGCGGAACAGCUCAAACAGAUGGCCGCGCAGCAACAACAGAGGGCCAAACUCAUGCAACAGAAGCAGCAGCAGCAACAACAACAGCAGCAGCAGCAGCAGCAGCAACAACAGCAGCAGCAGCAGCACUCAAACCAGACUUCAAGCUGGUCUCCAUUAGGGCCCCCGUCUAGUCCAUAUGGAGCAGCUUUUCCUGCAGAAAAACCAAAUAGCCCAAUGAUGUACCCCCAAGCCUUUAACAACCAAAACCCUAUAGUGCCUCCCAUGGCAAACAACCUGCAGAAGACGACAAUGAAUAACUACCUCCCUCAGAAUCACAUGAAUAUGAUCAAUCAGCAGCCAAAUAACUUGGGUACAAACUCCUUAAACAAACAGCACAAUAUUCUGACUUACGGCAACACUAAACCCCUGACCCACUUCAAUGCAGACUUGAGUCAGAGAAUGACACCCCCCAUGGCCAACCCCAGCAAAAACCCCCUGAUGCCAUACAUCCAGCAGCCGCAGCCGCAGCCGCAGCAGCAGCCGCCGCCACAGCUCCAGGCUCCCAGGGCACACCUGAGCGAGGACCAGAAGCGCAUGCUUCUCAUGAAGCAGAAAGGAGUGAUGAAUCAGCCCAUGGCCUACGCCGCGCUUCCGUCCCACGGCCAGGAGCAGCACCCGGUCGGGCUUCCCCGGACCACAGGCCCCAUGCAGUCUUCUGUGCCGCCAGGCUCGGGGGGCAUGGUCUCCGGAGCCAGUCCCUCGGGCCCCGGCUUCCUGGGCAGCCAGCCCCAGGCCGCCAUCAUGAAACAGAUGCUCAUGGAUCAGCGGGCCCAGUUGAUGGAGCAGCAGAAGCAGCAGUUCCUGCGGGAGCAAAGGCAGCAGCAACAGCAGCAACAGCAGCAGCAGCAGCAGAUUCUGGCCGAGCAGCAGUUGCAGCAAUCACACUUACCCCGGCAGCACCUCCAGCAACAGCGGAAUCCGUACCCGGUGCAGCAGGUCAAUCAGUUUCAAGGCUCUCCCCAGGACAUAGCAGCUGUGAGAAGCCAAGCAGCCCUCCAGAGCAUGCGAACAUCACGGUUGAUGGCACAGAACACAGGCAUGAUGGGCAUGGGCGCCUCCCAGAACCCGGGGACAAUGGGCACAGCAGCAGCCCAGUCAGAGAUAGGACUGGCCCCGUAUAGCACCACGCCUACCAGCCAACCAGGAAUGUACAGUAUGAGCACAGGAAUGACCCAAAUGUUGCAGCACCCAAACCAAAGUGGCAUGAGCAUCACACACAACCAAGCCCAGGGACCGAGGCAGCCUGCCUCUGGGCAAGGGGUCGGAAUGGUGAGUGGUUUUAGUCAGAGCAUGCUGGUGAACUCGGCCAUCACCCAGCAGCACCAGCAGAUGAAGGGGCCAGUGGGCCAGGCCUUGCCUAGGCCCCAAGCCCCUCCGAGGCUUCAGAGCAUUAUGGGAACAGUCCAGCAAGGAGCACAAAGCUGGCAGCAGAGGAGCUUGCAGGGGAUGCCUGGGAGGACUAGUGGAGAAUUAGGACCAUUCAACAAUGGCGCCAGCUACCCACUUCAAGCUGGCCAGCCGAGACUGACCAAGCAGCACUUCCCACAGGGACUGAGCCAGUCAGUCGUGGACGCCAACACAGGCGCCGUGAGAACACUCAACCCGGCUGCCAUGGGUCGGCAGAUGAUGCCAGCACUCCCGGGGCAGCAAGGCACCAGCCAGGCGAGGCCGAUGGUCCUGUCUGGCCUGAGCCAGGGUGUCCCUGGCAUGCCAGCAUUCAACCAGCCCCCGGCACAGCCGCAGAUGCCCAGUGGCAGCUUUGCUCCCGGCAGCCAGAGCCAAGCCUACGAGCGGAACCCCCCUCAGGACAUGUCGUACAAUUACAGUGGUGAAGGAGCCGGGGCUACCUUCCCUGGCCUCCCGGACAGUGCGGACCUCGUGGACUCCAUCAUCAAGGGCGGGCCAGGGGACGAGUGGAUGCAGGAGCUUGACGAAUUGUUUGGUAACCCCUAGUCCAGAGGGGCCCCCGGGAGCCACAAGCCUAGUGGUUAAAGCUUAAACAGUGAAAAAGAAACGGGAUGUUGGCCCAUCCUUGUUUUUUGUUUUUUUGACCCACGUAAACUGAGCAAAACUGCAGCUGGCUGACAGUGGAAGAUCCAGGUGCCAAUCCACAGUCCCGCUGGGCAUCGUUUCACCUGAUUUUCACACAGCAACCAAGAUGAGAUGCCAUGCAGAUCCCUGCUGCGAGAGGGAGCCACGGGAUGGGCCGGAGGGCAAGACGCAGCCAGCCGGAGCCCCUGCCCGGCCCUCCCUGUGGUGGUCUUGACCGGCCAGCGCUGCUCCAGCCAAGAGGGCCUGUUGCCCAAGCGAAGUGUCCGGGAGCCCCUCCUGCCCCAGGUCCGGAGACUGCAGCUUUGGAGACACGGAAGAGGCAGAGCCUCAGCCAGGGAGGGCCCCACAGAGGCUGCUGGGCGGUGGCACAGGCCAAGUGCACAGGUCAGAAUGCACCGAACCCUGGGUGGAAAGAGGCGGAAGGCUUCAAGACAUGCUACUGAAUUUGGGGGGUAGGCACAAAAAACAGCGAGAUGCUCACAGGGAGAUGACAAAGGGUCCUGCUGGCCCGUCUGUGUCCUGCCACGUGGUGACCCCUGGGAAUGAGCUGGUGAUGAGCUGGUGCCUCACAGGGAUAGCCAACUGAGUCUGGAGAAGGGGCAGUCCGGCAGUCCAGCGGGCCGCCUUCUGCUGGGGACCGUGGUGGCAUCACUCCAGGUCGGGCUGGAGCCUCCUGGGGGCCUGGUGCAAUACCAGUGUUCGCAGGUAGUUCACAUCUGCUUCGGGGGCCCCAGGGUGGAGAGACCCCAGCUGGCUUCCGAGUGUCUGCCAGCCUGGCCGCCCUUGUCCCCCACCCCUGCCGUGAUUCCUCCUGGCCUCCACCCCAGCCUGCCCUUGCUUCUCCUCACAGACAAUCCAAGGAGAAGGGACACUUCUGUCUUUCGGGAGCCUAGGCAGGGUCCAAAUAAAUGCAAGAAGAACUUAGACAAUGCCUGAAAUGCAAAGGCAACACUGGCGUUUUCUUUCUCUCCAUGUGUGGAGUUGAAUGAAUGUCUCCGCCUGGAACCCAGAGGGUGGCUCUGACGUGUGGGCGUCAGUUCACAGGAGCCGCAUCUGAUGCUCCUGGUGUCCCCAGGCAGGAGUGGCCUGGAGGUCACUGGGAUUCCGGCUCCUUCCAGGAAAAUUCCGGGGGUGAUGCUCUAAAAUCAGCCUUGCCCAUCAUCUCUACUCAUUGGAAAUGCAAACAUAAAAACAGAUGGAAGAGCUAAAACAUCAGUUGCUCCACCUUACAAAUCUGGAUGAUCAACGGGGGGGGAAGAUAUGGUUCCUUUCCUAUGGGCAAAAUUAUCCACUUCGAAAGUUCUGUACAGUCGUUCUCUUUGUAACCCACUCACAUCUGCCCUAAGUGAAAACUGUCGGAAGGAAUCGACAGUAUCCUCUGUAGCCGGGCUAGUCUCUGUGGUCCUUGCCUCCCCUCCCACCACCCGCUCUUGGAAGCCAUAGGCCCAAGUGUUGUCCUAAGUAAAAGUGGCCUGUCCCCUCCUGCCUCCGGGUCCCAGACAGCGGCUCCCUUCUGUGCACUGCCACGUGCUCACGCGGCAGGGCUGGAGCGUGCGAGGGCCGGACGGGUGCGCUUGGGCAGUCCUGACAAUGCCAGUUCCAGUGGAAGGCUGGGGCCGAGGGGCUUGGGGAGGAGGCAGGAGGGCAUACAAAGCCCUUGACUUGCUCUCCACAUACCCAGGGUUCUAGAUCUGCUCAGCGAGGGGCAGGAUGUGAGGCAUGCCAGGAGGGUGAGCACCCAGGCAGAGGCUAUGUCCCCUCUCCAAACAGGUGGCAGCAGGGUGACCCUAAACUCCUUGAACUGGGGAGGGAUGCCACCAGGGAAACUCUGUAAGGAAGCAGAUAAAAACCAAAAAAAAAAAAAAGGAAACAGACAAGAAGACA